AAGAAAAAAAAAAAAACACCCAAAGCGUCACGGACCGGUGCAGCAGCAGAGUGCUCCCAUCACGGAGAGACAGACAGAGAGAGAGAGAGAGAGAGAGAGAGAGAGAGAGGCUGAACGGGAAGCAGACCGCCGCCUUCACCAUCCCGCAUCUUCAACAACCAGCACCGAACUCGAGUGGGAACGCACCAAGUACAACCAGACUGUCCUCCGCUGUCCGUAGUAGUCCCCCCUCUUCCUCCUCAAAAAAAAAUGUCCGUGGGCAGUGACUUUGGGAACCCUUUAAGAAAAUUCAAACUCGUCUUUCUGGGGGAGCAGAGUGUUGGAAAGACGUCUCUGAUCACACGGUUCAUGUAUGACAGCUUUGACAACACGUAUCAGGCCACAAUUGGAAUCGACUUCUUGUCAAAAACCAUGUACUUGGAAGAUCGAACGCUUUCUCUUUCUGAACCCCAGGUGAGGUUGCAGCUUUGGGACACAGCUGGACAAGAGCGCUUCAGGAGCCUCAUCCCCAGUUAUAUACGGGACUCCACUGUGGCUGUGGUGGUCUACGACAUCACCAAUGUCAAUUCAUUCCAGCAGACGUCAAAAUGGAUCGAUGACGUGAGAACAGAGAGAGGAAGUGAUGUCAUCAUUAUGCUCGUCGGCAAUAAAACAGACUUGGCAGACAAGAGGCAAAUAACAAUUGAGGAAGGCGAACAGAGAGCUAAAGAACUGAGCGUGAUGUUCAUUGAGACCAGCGCUAAGACGGGUUACAACGUCAAACAGCUGUUUCGACGUGUGGCCGCUGCUCUUCCUGGGAUGGAAAGUAUGCAAGAAACAAGCAAAGAAGGGAUGAUCGACAUCAAGUUGGACAAACCGCAGGAGCCCCAGACCACUGAAGGCGGCUGUUCCUGUUAAUACCCCCACACCCAUCCUGGAGAAAAAAAAAACAUCAUUUGCACCACACGCUUGUUAUGUUGCUUCCUAUCGGUUAACCCGCAGUUGACUUUGCACGCUGAGAAUCUGGCCUCCUCACCUGACUAUCCGUCGUUGGUUGGAACUAGCAAUAUUUGGAUUUGGUUCUAAAGUAGUGUGGUCUACAUUAUUAACGAAACUGCCAAAAUGAAAGUCUAAAAGUUGAUUAAAAAAAAAUAUAUAUAUAUGUGAAAAACAGAUCCCCAAGUUGAAUAUGUGUAAAAAAAAAAAAAAAAUAAUUGCCAGAAGAGGAAGUUCCCCCCGUUUCUUUUUGUAAUUUUGUAUCUUCAGGGAAUUGUCUCUGGAAAGGUUCGAACAAACAGGCGAGCUCUGCGUUUGAGAGCUUGAUGAGGGCAGAUGAUCUUAAAUGCAUUCUUAUGGAUGCCACUGUCGUUAUGGGAAAAUACAGAAAUCCUGGCCCAAUCUUUGCCCCGACACUUAACCACAGCAAACUCACACAUAGCAACUUUACCCCUGUACUAACCGUCUCCAGGCCGUCUAACCAAUCACAGCCCAUAACUCAGCUGGGAUCCAUAAUUUGGCGUUCCAGACGUUACAGGACGAACUGAACAGUCACAGUCUUGAUGCAUGCCUCGUUUUUGAGCAUAGGUACCGUCUUACCCGUGUACACAAGUUUGAAUAUGUAAAUGGUAACAUUACGCCAGGGACUCGAUGCACUCUGACGGCGACUAGUCCAAGUCCUUUUUGUUCAUGAACCUGAUUUGUAUGCUCCUUUUUUUUGUUUUGCUUUUUUUUGUGUGUGUAAAUGUGUGCUUUCUGUAUAGGCAGCAUUGGAGUGAAGUUACAUAGAGGGCCACUGCCAAAACAUUCUCGCCACAUUACGGCACCUUUUUAGGUCAGCGCUCGUUCGCCCCCCACCACCCCCACCACCCUCACACUCACAACAACGUGACAGCCGCCGUUGUAUUGUGUGACAUCUCUGUAUUUGUGAUAGUCUGAAUCAAAGCGCUCGUCCUUGUGUCACGGAGGACGGUGAACACAAAGCUCUCUGUGUGGUGAUCUGUAGACUGUAACGCGGGUUCUGUGAUCCGAGCAGACUUUUAACAUUGUAAAUCUAAUUUGCACAUGUAGACCUUUCAGGUGAAUAUGAAGUUACUGAGAAGCUUCAUUGUAAAUGUACAGUCACUGAAAUCGAUGACAUGUCUGAUUGUCAUAGAAACUGUCGCAUAACGUGUUCCCACGGAGAUGAGGUUUUCUUUGCUGCUUGUGUUUAAACUAACUACUGACGUUGGCGUUAUGCAAUGUUGCAAUGGUGUUUAGAACUUGUCUUUUCUUUUUUCUUUCUUUCUUUUUUUGUUGUUUCAGAGCCAGGUAUCAUAACGUACUGGUGGUGAGGUCAGCCAGUGUUGAGAACACUACUUUGAUUUGACUUGUCUAUGAAGUGAAAUCAUUUCUGCACUUUUUUCAGAACAUGUUUUAGAUUUAGCGUGACAGUGUGAGUCUUAGAAACAUGAUUAAAACAUAAUCUUUAUCUCCACGUCAUUUGGAGUACUGUGUCUUAGAGUAGAGAGUCCAACAUUUAGGAAUAGUUCACCCAUGUUGUCCAAAAAGGGGAGCACUCUUGUGAAAACUAGUGAACGUUUCUAACCCACAUAAUGAGCCAAAUAUGAAUAACAAUAAUAAUAAUAAUAAUGACAACAAUAAUAAUAAUGAUAAUGAUAAGAGACAGAGUUGGAUCAAAUAUCACAGGAGAUCUCGACUGGAACACACUUUCUUUUGGGAGGGUUUGAGAAUGACGGACAAGGUUGCAUUUCAAGUUUGAAUCUCUAGAAUAAAAACAAAAGAAAAGCAUUGUAAUGUAUGAGCCCUCUGUGUUGCUGCCUAUUUAUCUCACAACAGGAAUGUUCUGCUCUCAUUACUGAGCGCACGGCCUUGGAAGGAGAGCGCCUUCUGAAAAAUUGACUCAUGUAUUUUUUAAAUGAGGACAAAACGAUUAAGUAGCUCGAGACACUCCUUUGUAUUUAUUCCCCUUUAAAUUUGAAAGUAGAUUUGCCCCACCUUUGUUUUCCUGAAGGCCCAUUUUAACGUAAACAUUCCCUGGAAAUGGACCAAGUGAUGCAACAAAAGUCUUGUCCGAGGAGGAGGAGGAGGAGGAGGAGGAGGGGGAGGAGGUGGGGGGGUAUGCGUUUUCAGAUUGGGGAGGGGCUACUGUCAUUCCCUGGGUGUGUGUAUGUUCUGUCACAGCUCUGUGCAGCAGACCUGAUCAGUCCAGAGCUGACUCUCCAUCCACACUGUACAGAGAUCUAGCAUGUCUCUCCAAACGAUUAAUAAAGAUGUCUUAUUACCAAA